CGGCGACGUUGCUGUGUUUUUGGUACGACGUCCCUAUUGAAGCCACCUAUUCUCCCAAGAAGUCGCUCUGCCUUUGCAUCGCUUCCCUAAUAUUGUCCUCUAAGUUACGAAGUUCCCUAAACGGAGAGCGCUCUUUUCUGCUAUUGUUAUACAACGUGUCCGACACCGACAAGCCAAAUCUCCUUAUCUCACGGCUGAACAACGCCCACGCUACCACCAUGAAGAUCUUCUACAUCGGUGUCCUGCGAAACGACAGCAAACCCGCCCUCGAACUCUGCGGCGAACGAGACCUCAGCUCCUUCUCGCGAUUCACACGUGACAGCUACAAUGAAUUCAUGAUGCUGUUCUGCAAGACGGUGGCGGAGCGCACGAACCCCGGCCAGCGACUUGACAUCGAGGAGAAGUCAUACACAUUCCACGCCUACGGCCGGACCGAAGGCGUGGCUGGUAUUAUCAUCUCGGACGGCGACUAUCCGGCGCUCGUUGCGCACCAGCUUCUGUCGAAGGUUGUCGAUGAGUUCUUGGCCAAAUACCCCCGGACGAGCUUUUCGGACCCAUCUGCACGCGAGAACUCGUGCCCGCUUGCGCAGUUGAAGGACUACAUUGUCAAGUUCCAGGACCCUGGUCAGGCGGACAGUAUUAUGAAGAUUCAGCAGGAGUUGGAUGAGACGAAGAUUGUGCUGCACAAGACUAUUGAGGGUGUCCUGGAGCGAGGAGAGAAGAUUGACAGUCUUGUCCAGAAGAGUGAUGGCCUGAGCUCACAGAGCAAGAUGUUUUAUACUCAGGCCAAAAAGCAGAACUCAUGCUGCACCAUUAUGUGAAUACUUUAUGAGCAGUUUCAACCCUUGUCGCUUUCGCUCCCUAAUGAUAUCAACCUGGCGCUAGUCUUUUGGAUGUUACGAAUCAGAUAUUGUUAGACUGAUGUAUUCUCGCUUUUUAAAUUUCGGACACAAAUAUGUUACGCAAGUUCUAAUAUACACAUGUGCUUCACACUUGACAGUAAUUACAGAGACUUAACAUAUGAAGGUAUAAAUGACAGAUGUUCCUUAUAAUCGAGAGAUAUUCGACAAUCUUCGAAAGAUCCACUCAAAUGUUAUCGAGCUUUACGCUCGAAUGGAUAACCAUCAAAAGCCCACACACCGAUGGAUGCCCUGUCAAGCACCGUGUUGU